GCAGCGAAUUCUUGCAGUCUAGUCGAAGACCGUGAUGCCGAUGCUACCGAGACGAACUUAACGGUUCCCAGUAUUAAACGUGUCACAGUUCGAGGAUCACGCGUGUUCACAUCAAUUGUUUAAAAAUAAAUCGAAUUAUAUGAUUUUAUUAGAUGAUUUAUGCCACCGAUUACAUACAUGAGAUUAAAGGUAAUUCGAAGUGUAUAUCUGGGAAUAUAAGUUCAUUUCGGGCGGCAGUAACAACAGGUGGCGUCAACAGAGGCCGUUGUUUUUGACGGCAUUCUUCAUAGUGCGCUCGUUCGCGUAUGAAAUAGACCGCCUUUCGUUUCUCCGUGCGUUUUUUUUUUUACGCGCGAUUCUUUUAAAACUGAGGUGAUAACAAAAUUCGGCUUGGCCGGAACACGUCAUGGAUCAUAACAGGCUGUGAACUAAUAGUAACAAAUAUGAACAUACAUCCGACGGUGCUGCUGCUGCUAUUUGCAAGCAUAAUCGCUAGUGUAGCAGCAACCUCUAGUUGUCCAUGGGCGCAACACAUAGCUGAUCUCGAAAGUUCUUGCAUCUGUGACUAUAAUCUGGCCAGAGAAUUGUCCGUACAAUGCGACAUCGUCAAUUAUGAACAACUACUAUCUGCUAUACGGCAUUACGUUUCGAAAACCACCAUAGAUCUAUUUUACAUAAACAACAGCACCAUAGGGGCAUUAAAGAACGAUUCAUUCGCAUUCGUAAAAAUCAACAACAUGCAAUUGUCCGGUUGUCAAAUUAAAACGAUCGAGCCAGAAGCAUUCAAGGGACAAGAAAAUUCUUUGAAGAGUCUCAAUCUAAAGGACAACGAAUUGACGGAGAUUCCCAGUGCCACUUUGAAAACUUUGAGGAAUCUUACUAUAUUAGAUCUCUCGAUGAACAAAAUCACAAAGGUGAAUGACAACACUUUCACAGGAUUGAAAUUGGUCACGUUGAAACUUUCCGAUAACGAAGUAACUUUGUCACCUGGAGCGUUUCGAGGAUUAGAGAGAACGUUGAAGAAUUUGAACUUGAAAGGUACUAGACAAAAAGUUCCUGAAGCGCUAAGAGGUCUGAAGACAUUGGCUUUUCUCGAUUUAUCGCAGAACAGUAUCAGAGAAUUGCCUGGAUCUGCAGGCAUGAAAGCUUUCGAAGGACUCGAUUCGUUGACUGGAUUGAACCUUGAGAGGAAUUUGAUUCAGAAUAUCGGGCCGGAUGCCUUUUAUGGAAUUAAGAAUACAUUAAGCUCGUUAAGUUUGUUGAACAAUCUUAUUCCAGACUUUCCUAUGGCUGCUAUCAACAGUGUUCAAGACCUUAGGGUGCUCGAUAUCGGAUUCAAUUUGAUAACAGAAUUGCCAGUAAAUGCUUUCCAAAAAAAUCCAUCCAUAACUCUACUGGCAAUCGAUGGAAAUCCUUUGUCAACUGUCCCAGAAGAGGCUCUAGCUCGAUUGAAUGGAACACUUCGAGGUUUGAGUUUGGGAGGUCGGUUCCUUAUUUGCGAUUGCAAAUUACGAUGGAUCGUCGAAUGGAUAGAAACGAGAGAUUUGCAAGUUACCAGUCGGGAACGCAAACCGCAAUUCUGUGGAAGUCCGCAAAAAUUGCAGGAUAAAAGCUUUUACAAUAUCAGUCCAGGAGAAAUGAUCUGCGAAAAUGCUCCAGAAAUUGUAGGAAUCGGCACGGUAGAAAGUGUGGACACAAAAGAACCUAUUGCAUCCGCUGGAAUAGUUAAUAGUUACAAUCCAAUUACUCGACCCUCGAUCAAUGUACCUACUAUACAUUACAAUGUAACAACAACUACUACAUCAACCACGACACUUGUAUCUUCCACGAUAGAAUCUCAAAGAAUUGAAACAACACCAUCUUCAACCACUCCGAGAACGAUCACUAACAGACCAACCGUUGCACGGACAGGAAAUGUAGUGAUAAUGAGAACCACGUUAUCUCCACCAAAACAAGUCCAAGAUCAAUUACAGCAACAUCAACCAAGACCACCGUUGGUACUUGGUUCGCCGCUUUACAAAUCGAAGUUAAACGACAAAGAUAUUAUAGUUAAAGAUGUGCUCAGACAAGAUAAUGCGGUGAUUAUAUAUUGGGAUACAGAGGCGACUAAUAUUUUAGGUUUUAAAGUAAUUUAUAGAUUGUUUGGGGACAACAGUUUUAAGCAGGCACCUCCUUUAGAGGCUAGCGAACGAGAAUUCAAAAUUAAGAACGUUCCUUCACAAGAAUGUAUUGUAGUUUGUGUGGUAUCGUUAGAAGAAACAAACAUCACUCCUGCAAAUGUACCUUACAAUCAAUGUAAAGAAGUAAGAACAGAAAAUUCGCCUACGUCUAAUAUGGAUAAGAUUACCAUUGCUGCGAGUGCAGCCAUAUGUGCCACUAUAGUGGUUGCCGUGAUAAUAUUUAUUGUUGCGAAUCGACGAAGGGCCAGAAAACUUCACACCCUUCAUAGUAUUGAUCAGACAAAAAUGGGUGGACCUAUUGCUGGAUUACCGGUAAAUUGUUGCUCCAAUGUCGGUCCGACACCAAGCCCUGGUGGUCCGUUAUCAUCAAUGGCAACUCUCAGUGCUUAUAAUGCUCAGAAAGAAUGGGAUCAAGUAUCCGCGUAUAGUAAUAGAAGCAUACCAAGACCAAGAAUAUUUCCCAUAGACCGACAAGGUUCGAUAACUAGAGCUUCCUGUAUCGAUGAUGUUAGAUCUCAAACAGGACAUUAUAGUGGAAAAGUAUCGACUCGUUCUAUAGUCGAUGGUCAAUCUCAGCACAGUUUUUCUAACACAUCAACAAGAUAUUUCGGAAAUAAUACUCUAUCUUCCAAUCUUGCUAAUACAAGAUCAGAAUUGAGACAAUCUCGACAAUCUUUAGCAGCAGCUUCUGAUAGAAUAUCGCGAACAAAUUUUUCACCCAGUCAUAUGCCACCACAUUCUUCGUCCAGAAGGCAAAGACCAAGAUCGUGUAAUCGUACUUUAGAGCAAAAUCCACCAAGACCCGGUAGCAGAUAUAGCAUAGCCGAUUCGACACAUACUCUUAAUAAUUACGAAGAGAAUAAUUGGACUGAUCAUGAUAUGGAUAUAUAUAUGGCACGCAAUCCAACCACAAGGACUGGUCUCAUGCCUCUUUGAUUCAAUACUCUGUGUGUGUAUGAUUUUGCUCAAACGUGUUCAGUGAACGUGUUCAAUUUUUUUCCAGAACAUCUGAACUGCUCUUAUUCAUGUAAUUGUAUUAUAUAGCGUGAAAUUUUAAAAGAUUCGAAGAACGAAGUUCAACCGUUAACCAGAAAUAUUUGUUAAAAUAAAAAUCUAAGAUUUACGUCGUUACAAGUAUUACUGUGUAAUACAUGUAUUGACAUAGUAUGAAGAAGAACAUUAAAAUAUAGCUUUAAGAUAAUUGAUAUUGAAAAAGUGUUUAAAGAUACACAUUUA